CGGCCCGGCCCCACCGCCCGCCCGAGCCCCGCGCCGCGGCCUGCCAGGCAGCCCCGCUCCCGCUCGCCCGCCCGCCGGCGGCCGCCGCCUGCAUGUCUGUGCUGCCCCCCGCCCCGCCGCGCCAGCCCCGCCGCCCCCAGCCCGGCACGGCCCCGGCGCCCCGCAUGCAGACUAACAGGGAUGCCAAAGGAAAAAUAUGAUCCUCCGGAUCCUCGCAGAAUUUAUACCAUCAUGUCAGCAGAGGAGUUAGCCAAUGGGAAGAAGUCUCACUGGGCAGAAUUAGAAAUCUCGGGUAGAGUGCGGAGUUUAAGUACAUCACUUUGGUCACUGACGCACUUGACUGCUCUUCACCUCAAUGACAAUAAUCUUACUCGCAUUCCACCUGAUAUUGCCAAGCUCCAUAAUCUGGUUUACCUGGAUUUGUCAUCCAACAAACUUAGAAGUUUACCAGCAGAACUAGGAAACAUGGUAUCUCUCAGGGAAUUGCUUUUAAAUAACAAUCUGUUACGGGUUUUGCCUUAUGAACUUGGACGGCUCUUCCAGCUACAAACCCUAGGUUUGAAAGGCAAUCCUUUAUCGCAGGAUAUUCUCAGUCUGUACCAGGACCCAGAUGGAACACGUAAGCUACUGAACUACAUGCUUGACAAUCUAGCAGUUCAUCCAGAGCAGUUGCCUGCAAGGCCAUGGAUUACUUUAAAAGAACGAGACCAAAUUCUGCCCUCAGCUUCAUUCACAGUUAUGUGUUACAAUGUAUUGUGUGAUAAAUAUGCCACCCGGCAGCUAUAUGGCUACUGCCCAUCCUGGGCAUUAAAUUGGGAGUAUAGGAAAAAGGGAAUCAUGGAAGAAAUCGUGCAUUGUGAUGCAGAUAUCAUUAGUCUUCAGGAAGUGGAAACAGAGCAAUACUUCACCCUCUUUCUGCCAGCAUUAAAAGAGCGUGGAUAUGAUGGAUUUUUCUCUCCAAAGUCACGUGCCAAAAUCAUGUCUGAGCAGGAGAAAAAGCAUGUGGACGGCUGUGCAAUAUUCUUCAAGACAGAGAAAUUCACAUUGGUGCAGAAGCACACCGUGGAGUUCAACCAGGUAGCAAUGGCCAACUCUGAAGGUUCAGAAGCUAUGCUAAACAGAGUCAUGACGAAGGACAACAUUGGAGUUGCUGUGGUGCUAGAGGUGCACAAAGAAUUAUUUGCAACAGGUAUAAAGGCUCUUCAUGCUGUGGACAGACAGCUGCUUAUUGUGGCAAAUGCCCACAUGCACUGGGACCCUGAAUACUCAGAUGUGAAACUUAUUCAGACUAUGAUGUUUGUCUCAGAACUGAAAAAUAUCCUUGAGAGAGCCUCUAGCAGGCCUGGUAGCCCAACAGCAGAUCCUAAUUCUAUUCCUCUGGUGCUGUGCGCGGAUCUUAACUCCUUGCCUGAUUCAGGUGUUGUGGAAUACUUAAGCAAUGGUAUAGUAGCUGACAACCAUAAGGACUUCAAAGAGUUGCGUUACAAUGAGUGUCUCAUGAACUUCAGUGGUAAUGGAAAAAAUGGAGCUUCUGAAGGAAGAAUCACACAUGGCUUCCAGCUUAAGAGCGCCUAUGAAAACAACUUGAUGCCUUACACCAAUUACACUUUUGAUUUCAAAGGUGUAAUUGACUACAUUUUCUAUUCCAACACUCAUAUGAACGUGCUUGGUGUCCUCGGGCCUUUGGAUCCUCAGUGGCUGGUUGAGAACAACAUCACUGGGUGUCCUCACCCUCACAUCCCUUCAGACCACUUCUCACUGUUAACACACCUCGAACUCCACCCUCCACUCCUGCCUCUUGUCAACGGUGUUCACUUACCAAACAGGAGGUAGUGGAGCCCUGCCCCUUAGAGGGCUAGGACCUGUUGUUAUGGACCUGUACAGUUGUAAAUCAAAGUAUGUAGGAGUGAAGUAUGGCCAACCUUAAGCUGCUUCUUCAAGCUCCUUUCAUUGUGUGUUUGAUAUGAGACUUUGCACAUUUUGGUGCAUAUUGGUAUCAUUUGGCACUAGGGCUGGAACCAAAGUAUUAUUCCCUUUUCAGGUUUUUAAUUUAAUUUUUAAGCUGGCAAGCUUGUUUUGUUUCAUUUGGAAACUGCAUUUGUAAACAGACACAUCAGAUUGAAAACUUGAAUAUUAAUCUAUUUAAAAUGUAAUGCUUUAUUCCAAAUUGUAGCAAAAAGAGCCAUUUUUAAAAGGAAGGAAAAUAUGUAACACUUAAAACUGAAUGAAAAGGACUUGUUUUGUAGGGCAAAUAAUUAGAAAUACUAACUUUUUCGGGACUCAGAGAUAUGAGUGCUGCACCCAAAACAAAUUUUGCACAUCAGCAAAGCACUUAAUGUUGACUGUAAAUUAUUAACAGUAUAGCCCUUCCCUUCUCCCCAUCUAGCUAAUGUUGAAAAACCAAAGAUGGUUGCAUAUAUCUAUUGAAAUUUGAGGGCUAAAUUAUCUCUUGAUGUAUCUCCAUUCACUACAAUGGAAAUAUGCCAUCAGAACAAUUAGAUCUGAGCAUUUAAAGCUGUAUAAAACUCUCUUGCUUGGCAGACAUAUUGGUAACUUGCUUGGAACUCUGAAGAACAUAAUUUUUUUAUUUUUCUGACUCAGAAAUUUAUCAAUCCGAACUCUAUUAAACAGUCAUCUUAGACAAACCAAGACAGGAAGCUGUUCAGCAACAUAGCAUGGGAACAGGACUUCAGAAAUAAAGUUAAGAAAUUGCACUUAAAAAUUGUUGCAAGAAUUUUUUGAGUUGUGUUCUGCAAGAGCAAAUUUGUUCCAACCCUAUCCUUGGGUCCCCUUUUGAAAAGUUAAGUUGCAAAGAUGGAUUGGAUUUAACUGGUCAAACUAGGGGUACAGGAAAAACAACUCUGGAAAUGAUCUUACUUCUGUCUCCAAAGGGCAUGUUAAAUAACUGUCUAGGUGUUUUUGUGUGUGUGGGGGAGGAGAGAGUGGUAGCCAUCGUCAUUCCUUGGAUUAUUUUUCCUGACCCUAGUUGCCAAAUAGCCAUCAUAUGCUUUUAAUAAUCGUUGUUUCUCUUUGUUGGUUAGGGUUGAAUUAAAAAGCUACUGGUUCAUUCCCAACUGUUAAUGUUCUCAAGUUGUGUUGGAAUCUUUUCAUUUAUGCUCUAGGUGGCCAGUUCAAAACUUUGUGCCUCAAGAGGCAGUAAACAUAAUGCAAUUUUCUGAAAGAAUUUAGUAUGCUGCUUUAAAUGUUUAAAAAAUGGCAUAGUAAUAAGAAAAGGUUGUGUCUGUGUUUUUAAGUUUUUCUUUAUUCUGCUUUUUUGCUGCUAUAAGAUUUUCUUGAAUUUAUAUUUUAAACUUUUCAUGCACUUUACUGUUUCUAGUCUCAAAGUGAUAUUUUUAAUAAAUAAGAAUUUUUUCCAUUAUGUGAAUGAAAUUUUUAAACAGAUUGAUAGCCUAUAUUUGUCUCAUUCAUAUAUUUAAAAAUCAAAUCUAAAUUGUUAAAUUAGUUUUAAAUACUAAGGAGCCAUCUUCUGUCUUGCAAAACUGAUACUUUAGGCUGUUCCACCAUUCUUUAAUUAAUAUUCCUUUUGUCAUUUUUAUAUACAGGAAGUCAUCCAUAGAAAAUCAGUUGGGCUAGAGUAGAAAAUCUAUCCUGAUUUUUGUUUUGCUGGGGGGGAGGGCGGGGGAUGUAAUGAUUGGUUUAGCAGAACAACAACUCCCAUUCAGAAGUGCCUAAAAAUGGAGGCAUCCUCUAUGGUCUAAUAUAAAUUGGACAUUUACUGUAGUUGAGUGAAAUUAAUGUAAAUAAUGUCUUUUUGUGCAACACCAAAAAAAACCUUUUAAAGAUGGAUUUUCCUCAAGGUGCAGGUAUCUUUUUAUAUACCUCAGUGUUCAACACCCUGCCAGGCUUAUAAAUUGAAAAAGUAAUUAGAGUAUAGUACUGGAAAGUAGAAUAGCAUGAAAAACUUAAUUUUGUGGACAUUACCUUUUUGUAAUCAGCUACUGUAUCUCUUUGGAGGGGUAGGUUCUCUGCUCUGGAGGUAUGCACUAACAAACCAUUUCCUCCUUUCAUACAUGCAUGUUAACUAGCAAUGUGAGCAAUAUUUCCUACCAUACUUCACUCCCAAUAUUUUUGAGAUGUUUGUAUAAAAUGGAAUUUAAAGUUCACCUAUGAUUGUAUAUGAACUGCAGAGGAGCCCGUUUAUUAAUAAUAAUAAAAUAAUCUUUUGUAAUGUUUGGGAGGGAAUAAAUUGGGAAACAUUGUAAACAGCUUAGGUUUAUUUUUUUUAAUUUUCUUUUGAUUUAUAAUUAAGUGAGACACUCUGUUGCAGGAAGGUGUUUAAUUGGGUUUUCUCUGCUUCUAAAUGCACUCUUUAGAACGUCCAUAAUCCUGUGUAAUUUUUAAGACUUGUUCUAUUUGAUAGAUGUUGCACAAAGCCUCUUCUGUGAAAAUGGGUGUUUGUGUUUCAGUUGGCACACACUUGGGGCAUGUUUACCCAAAUUUUACAUGUUCUUCCCCCUGCCACUUCUUUCCCAUACAUUCUGCUCCCCACUGCCCUGCUCUUUUUCCAACAACAAGGAGCACUACCUUUAUUGAGCUUCCAUUUCAGGUGAUCAGAAAUGCUGCUACCUUAUAAUGAUUUUGUUUUCAUUUGUGGUUUUUAAAAUACAAGUAAUUUGGAACAUUAUCAGUAAUAAACUGAGCAGUCUAAAGGUGAGCAACACUUUUAAACAAAAGCACAUGUAUCUUACAAAUGUUAACACACGUCAGCGUGUGUUAUGGAUGGAGACUCUUGGCUUACAAAGUCAAGGACUUGAGCAGUUUUGAAUGUGCAGAUUUUGAAAAUCUUUGAUUAAACUUUUUUUGGUAGUGGAAGGGGGAGGGAAGGAAACUGGGGAAAGUUGAGGUACCACAGUUGUUUACAAUAAAUAGAUGGGCACCUAAAUAUACCGGGCACUGAUCCUAGUCUCCCAGUUUUAAACAUUGGGACUACUGCAGCAUCCUCAGGACUGAUAACUAGAAAAAAGUUCAAAUUUGUAUAGUGCUCCUUGCUUAGUUGGCUUUGUUUUCAAAAUAUUGUGCCUGGUGUCGACUUCAAAGCAACAGCACUGCCUAAAGCAGAGAAAAAAAAUCUAACACCAUUCUACAAGCAACUUUUUAAAAUUCGGUAUGGUAAAUCUGUUAGAUACGGGGUUUUGUGUGUGUGUGUGUAUAUAAAAAUGAGAAUUUUUGUACAAUGUACCUGAAUAUUUUUGUUUCAUUUAUUUUGAUGUAAAGUGUGAACAUUUUGCAUACCACAUGUUGAAGUCAGGUAUGGCACAAUGGGUUCUGAGACCAGCUUUUCCCAUUUGCCUUGUUUAAAGCUAUGUCUUUUCUUCAGUUUCUUGCAUUCAUCAAAUACUUCAUUUCACCAAGAAGCUUACUUUGUGCAUUUUGAAGCCACUCUUGUUUCUAAUCUGCAGAAGCAUUAAACUGUAUUUCUUGUUAGUCCCAGCUCCUUGAUUCCUAUGUUUAUAGACUAUGGCCACAAUCUUCAAACUUACACAUUUUUCAAAAGGGCUCAAUGCUGGUACUACUCCCAAAAUUUCCCAAUUGACUUCACUGGGGACAAUGUUGAGCCAGUGCUGAGAAAAUCUGAAAAUCUUCCAGCCUGCUUGCUUUUUAAGUCUGAUUCCUCAACUGAUGUUCAGACACUUAAAUUACUACUAGCCUGGUGUGCAAAGGUGCUGAGCACCUGUGGCUCAGGUUUACUUAAGAAUUUCUGACAAUCAGGCCAUCUAUAGUUUUGGUGUUUGUUGUACAUGACUUUAGGAGCCCUACUUUCAGCACCUGGUUCUGAAGGCUUUGGUCUAAUUUACCAAGGAGUAGACUAAGAUAUGAAAGGCUCAUAUCACUUGAUUCCAUGGGGGCUACAUUUUUGGUUGGUGGGGGGUUACAGAUGUGGACUAUGGAGAAGAGAAAAACUAUAAUUUUUAAAAAGAAAUUAAAGGUUACUUUGUGUUUUAACUAUAAUAAGUUAUGCGAGGAAACCAUUCUUUUACUUACCCAUUUAAAUAGUUUUAAGACUUCUAAAUCACUUGUGCAUUAUUAAUAUUCUCCCAGUAAUAAACUGAGAGGAAGAAGUAGGCAGUUAUUAACACCUUUCCUUUCUUUGUUUCUUUUUUAAAGGUCAGAUUUAAACCCUACAACAGAACUGACUGUUUCCAUUCGAAAUCUAGGCUUUCAGCAUCAAAAAUUCAGCAUGAAACUUGGCAUAUGAGAUCUGAGUGAAAGGAUUUUUUAAUAAUAAUUGUCCAUAAAAAUGAUAGGCUGCAAUAUAAACAUGAAAGGAUUAGUUUGUAAUCUUGAAUUUUAUGCAACUCCCAUAACAAAUGGAGUUGUUAUAGCAAUAUUAAACUUUAAACAGGAAUUGUUUUAAAUGGCCUGAGUAGUAUAUAAUCCUACAGGUAGUAACUUUCCAGGUAUAUUCUGUUUUUCUGAAGUUAGUUUUCAUUAGUAAGGAAUACCUACAUAAAAAUAGAUGUCAUAACAUUUUAGGAUUACCUUUUAGAAUGACACUUUUCCCUUCUGUAUUGGGAAAAAUGAGCUGAAACAUAUUGAGACAUCAAUAAUGGCUAAACGUUAUAAAGGAAGAAGUCAUCUGCUUCUGUGUAGUUAUGUUUUAUUUGACCUGGUUAUUUUUUUCCCCAGUAUUUCGAUAGAAUAUGCUGUGUAAGUCUGCCUAUAUAUUCUGAAAUUUUGGAACUUUUAACUCCAUCAUAUUUUUUUUUGUAUCCAACAGUAAGCUAAAAUCAGUCAUAUAUAGAAAAAAAUUGAACAAAAACAUACAGCAUAAGUCAAGGAGUUAAUAACAACAUAGUUAUUACAUAUGUGUAUUGUAUAUUAUAAUACAUAUUUUGAGGUCUAUUUUUUUUGCUUUUUAGCAACCUUCAUAAAAUGAAUUGCUCAACCGAAAAUGAAGUAACAUUGAAUAAGAUUCUGCUCCCACUGAAGCUGAUGAAAGCAUUGUCAUUGACCUUUAGACCAAUAGUUUCAUCCCUAGUGUCUAGUCUACAAAUCUACCACUACUGCUGAAAAUGUUAGAAGUGAUUUAAAAGAUCAGUGGUUGAAUACAUAGGGUUUCUGAAUGAACUAAUAAUUUCUUUCCUGUUGAAGUGGUCUGUCCAGAAUAGUAUGGAGGCAGAGUGGCACAGGGAAUCUUUAAUUUGCUAGUCUAAGAUGAAAUUUUGGGGUGGGGCUUUUUCUGUUUAAUUAUGUGGUAAGACUUGAACCCUCUUUUGAAAGAGUACAGAGAAAACUCUUAAUAAAACAAUAAAAUAAAAUAACCCAUUUAUCAAAUCUUCUUAUGCCAGGUGUCAGCCUAGAAUUAACUUCUACAAAUUAUAAACAAAUGAAAAUCGGACUUGCACAUGUAGGUACCAGACACUGCUACAACUGAUUGGGGACAAAUUUAAAAAAAGCUGAACCCUAAAUGAUGAAUGCAUUUGUAUCCUGUGUAGUAGUGACCACAUCUGGCACCGAGAUGGAUAAUACUUGAUUUUGUUUCAGAGAACCAGGGUAAGGAAAAGAGAGUGAUGAAACUGAAGAGGCUGUGGGUGAGGUAUUGAAAGCAACUGGAAAAAUGGCAAUAAAAUUGCGACCUUUUAAAAUAAGCUCUUGUUUAAAACAAGUUACAGCAUAAUUUGACUCUAAUGGAUAAUAAAACAUGGUACCUAAAUUACACUUAAGAUUGGUUUGGUCUAAGGAUGGCACACUUUAGGAAUGUAUAUUCUUGGAGUAUGUUCUGAAAUAAGCUUGAGGUUGGGGAUUGUAUGUUUGUACUUCAAAUUGGAACAAUUCUGAUGGCAAAACAUGCCAAGUGAUAUGACUCUUGUCUUUUUUUGUUUUGCAAAUAGUACAGCAUGGGUUUUUUUCCUGUUUUUUAAGCUUGCAAAAUCCUUUACUGCUGUAGUGGGGAAGGAUAGUGAUUCUGGUACUUGGUCUCAUGUUUUUGUUAAACAGUUUCCAAGAUAUAGACAAGUUACCAAGUUUGCAUUUGUCUGUAUUUGUCUUUGUUCUUAAUCAAAGAAUCAUGGUGGCUCUCUUUACAAGUGUUGUUGUUUAUUUUGGCUUUGGCUUCAAUUUUUAAUUAAUGCGUAGUGUGGUUUUUCCAAGCAAUUAAAGUGUUGUGUGCACCAUGUUAGCUAAACUUGCCUGUAAUUCACUAAACCCAUACAUUUGACUGGAUCAGUGGUGAUAAAAGCUCAGGCUUUGCUUUUGUUCACAAUGGCAAUAUCUCACUCCUAGGUACAGUAGACCCUGCCUCUGUCUUCUGAAAACUGUAGUAUAACACUCUCUCUCUCUCUCUCUCUCUCUCUCUCUCCCUCCCCCCUCCUCUUUCUUCCUUUCUCUACAAAUCUGUUGAAGUACCUUGUUUCCAUUUUAUGAAAACUCUGCCUGUGCUCUGGAAAAGUUUCCGACUCUAGACUUAGCUCUGCAUUUGGACAGCUCGAGUAUUGCACACACAAACUUUGAAUUAAGUGCCAAUCCUGCUUCCACUGAAAGCUGUAGCAACUUUGCCUUGACAAAAGUAGAAAGCAGGUCAGGCCUAUGGUCAGUGUUGAGCUGCAGAUUUCUUAAACACUAGCCAUUUAGGGAAAAAUAUACCCCCUUUUUUUUGAGUUUCUGUAUAGUUGCCCUACUGCAGGAGAGUCAUGGAUUUAGGUUAAAGCUUUUUUAUCUUUCUGGUCCUCACAGAGCCACAGUUAGAGUUGGGCCUUUAUUGCAUAUAACCUGCUUAAUUGUGUAAUAUUAAAUAAGUGCCAACUGAGGGAAUUCUGCAGGAGGGCCUGUUUGACAGUAGGUCCAGCCAAUUUCUUCUUACGUUUUCAUAGGAAAAUACUCUAACCUUUUAAAUUUGAAAGACGUAUUUUCAUGUACAGUUCAGAGGUCAUAUAGAUCCUUUUUUAUUUUAGUAAGUAACUUCAUCUAGUUGUCAGAAAGCAAAGCCAUCUUUACUUUAGGUCUGAGCAAAAUGCCUAUUCAACUUACCACACAAAAGGAAUUUUAAAACUAUUGGCCUUCCUCAAACCAUUUGGAUUUUCUCUUCAAAUUUCAGAAUUUAAAAAAAUGCUCAUUUAAAAAAAAUAAAUUUAACUGAUUAAAGUGCCAUGUAGUUGUAGUGUCAACUGACUCCACUGAACCAGUCCAUUAAUUUGUCAUCCAUAAUUAUACUUUUCUAGCAAGAGACUGUCAGACAAAAAUCACCAGCUGUUUUGUUACAAUUUACCAGUAAAUGAGGUGGAAACUCCUAAUUGCACAGCUCAGCUGAGAUUUUGCGCAAUAUAUACUGUACAGCACAUGCGUGCAAAAGGGAGAGGUUUUACUUUUUACAGACAGUGUGGACAGUACUGAAUAAAGACUAACUGUGCUAAGUGUCCUGCCCUUUUUAACCUUGUGGCAGCUCAAAAGGGAGGUGCUGAAAAUCCUGAACUGUUAUUGUCAGAUGACAGUAUUUUUUUCCAUUCUGGAGAUUGGGUACUGCUCACACAUGAUGUAUAGGGCUAAAUAUCUGCUUGUUUCUUUGCACCUGUGUACUUUUAUUUCCCUCUGUAGGCAAUAAAUGGCCAUUUUGCAACCA